CCGGCGUCCGCGGCGUUACGCACUGCACACAAGACUUACACAAACACACACACACACACAUACACAAAUACACGCACACACACAUACUCGCGCGAACGCGCGCGCGCGCCCAAACGCAAACGCGAACGCUAACGCGGCACACGCUUUACACCGCACGCCGACGUACUGUGCUGCACGCAGUAGACACACGGUUCGAACGCCGAACGCGGGACCCCUCGGUUUAACAAUUUUUUUUUUUUUAAAAACAAAAUUAUAAUCUAACCACACGUAUACACACUUACACACACAUACACACACACAACACGCGUACACACGUACACGCAUACAUAUACGGCACACGGCACACGAACACCGCACGACACGAUGGCCGCGCCGCUCGUAUGUACGCGAUUUAGUGACAAUUACGAACUUAAAGAAGAACUCGGAAAAGGAGCAUUUUCUGUUGUAAGAAAAUGUAUUCAAAAGCACACAGGAUUGGAAUUCGCCGCCAAAAUUAUAAACACGAAAAAAUUAUCAGCCCGAGAUUUUCAAAAAUUAGAAAGGGAAGCAAGAAUAUGCAGGAAAUUACAGCAUCCAAAUAUAGUGAGAUUACACGAUAGCAUCCAAGAAGAACUGUUCCACUACCUCGUGUUCGAUCUUGUGACAGGUGGCGAGUUAUUUGAAGACAUCGUAGCAAGAGAGUUCUAUAGUGAAGCUGAUGCAUCGCAUUGCAUUCAGCAGAUACUGGAAAGUGUAAAUCACUGCCACACAAACGGGGUAGUACACAGGGAUCUAAAACCGGAAAAUUUGUUAUUGGCUAGCAAAGUUAAAGGCGCUGCAGUCAAGUUGGCCGAUUUUGGGUUAGCUAUCGAGGUUCAGGGCGAACAACAAGCGUGGUUUGGUUUUGCCGGAACUCCAGGUUAUCUGUCGCCUGAAGUACUUAAGAAAGAACCAUAUGGAAAACCAGUCGACAUUUGGGCAUGCGGUGUAAUACUUUACAUAUUGUUGGUUGGAUAUCCACCGUUUUGGGAUGAAGAUCAACAUAGAUUGUAUGCCCAAAUCAAAGCUGGCGCGUAUGAUUAUCCAUCGCCUGAGUGGGAUACAGUUACACCAGACGCAAAAAAUUUAAUUAAUCAAAUGCUAACUGUGAACCCUGCUAAACGGGUCACAGCAUCUGAUGCACUCAAACACCCAUGGAUUUGCUAUCGUGAGAAAGUUGCUUCGGCUGUGCACAGACAGGAAACGGUCGACUGCUUGAAGAAGUUCAACGCCAGACGAAAAUUAAAAGGUGCCAUUUUGACGACAAUGUUGGCUACAAGGAACUUCUCCAGUAAGUAUGAUGUACACGGUCGCAGUAUUGUAACUAACAAAAAAGGAGAUGGUUCUCAAGUAAAAGAAUCAACUGAGAGCAAUACAACAUUGGAAGACGAUGAUGUCAGAGAGGACAAAAAAGGGACUGUGGACCGGAGCUCUACAGUAAUUGCCAAAGAUGCGGAAGGGAACGUUGGUACGCCACCACCGUCACCGGCGUUGUCAUCCUCUUCCGUCGGUAGCGUACUGGGCUGCUUCAAGAGUUCCUCGUCCACAUCUUUCGGAUCCAAGACAAAUAAACUGUCAAUAAUUGUCACCGCCAACCCCCAAAAUGUCUUGGCACAAGCACGCAAACAAGAAAUCGUUAAAAUCACAGAACAACUUAUUGAAUCAAUCAACAAUGCUGAUUUUGAAGGAUAUACGAAAAUUUGCGAUCCGCACAUGACAGCAUUUGAACCGGAAGCACUUGGAAAUCUACUGGAGGGCAUGGAAUUCCAUAAAUUUUACUUCGACCAUGAAUCCGUUUUGACAGUUUUAGGUAAGAAUCGAGGCAUAAAUACUACAGUGUUGAAUCCUACCGUGCAUUUACUUGGUGACGAUGCAGCUUGCAUUGCAUACAUUAUACUCGUACAAUACAUCGACAAACAAGGAGUUCCUAGAUCGCACCAGUAUGAAGAAACUAGAGUAUGGCACAGACGUGACAACAAAUGGCAAAACGUGCAUUCGCAUCGGUCAGCAUCGGUAGCAUCCACCAGCAGCGCGUUUUCGCCAUCCGCCAUCAAUAAAUAAUCGUUCAUCAGCGAUAAUACAUCGACGGUCAUACAGAACAAAUGAAGAAGCCCACUAUAAUAACAAUGUUUUUGUUCCUUUUUAUCUUUAUUUCUUUUCUUCUAUCUUGUUUUUUUUUUCAUUUUGACUG